AUGCACUUCAUGACUAUAAUAACCGUCUUUACUUCCGCCAUUGCUGCUCUAAGCUUGAAAGGCCGGAGAAAGCCUCGGGUCGAAGGGCUCAAGGUCUCUGAAGCCCAAGCAGUUUGCGGGCCGGACACAAGUGUUCGGUGUUGCAGUAACAAGGCUGGCAAUGCGAAAAACAACAAUAAAGGCGGACUGUUAGGUCUUUCGUCCACGAAUUCGAAGACCUCUGACAGCUAUGUUAAUCUCAGCCUGAAUAUUAUAGGAAUUCUUGAUGGCACUCUUGAGCAGAAGUGUAGUGGCAAUGUGGUUUGCUGCCGGGACUUCCGGCUUACUGACAUUAUUGGCGAUACACGACCCUGUAUUGAUUUAAGUAACCUGCUUUAA